ACAACAACUAUGCAUUUGAUUUCUAUUUAAAAAUCUUCUGUAAAUCUUUCUCUCUUUCAUUUUGUGGUCACUUGACAAUGUUGACUUGAAUUUUUUCUCCAAAAAAAUAGCAAAAAUUUUCAAUCAAACAAAACAUUAGAAUUUGUUUGUUCAAAAUGUAGUUUUUAGUUUCAUCAUUUAUCCAUCAACAUAUAUUUGUUCAUAAAAUUAUCAUUAUCUUUUGCUGUUGAUAAAAUGUCUUCAUCACAUCAACCAUCAUCAUCGACAAUAGCUACAACCACUGCCAUCAUAUCCGGUAAUAAUGAUGGAAGUGGUAAUAAUGGUGGUGGUGGUAGUUUGAAUUCUACAGGUCAACAUCUUCAACAACAAUCACAUGUUGUGACACUUGUUGGUGAUCAUCAAUUACAACAACAACAUCAACAGAUAAUACAAUCAACAGAAUCGGCUCAAAUUCAUUCACAUCAACAUCACCAGCAUCAUCAUCAUCAUCAAUUACAACGUUCAGCAUCAACUGGUUCUGAAAUACAAUUUCGAACAUCAUCAUCGAUUGAUCAACAAACAUCAUUUUCAUUUAGUGAUCAUAUUGAUGAUGAAAAUGAUCUAUUUGAAUGUGGAAAAUGUAAACAACAUUUUUCCUAUUUACAAUUAUUUGUACAACAUAAAAAAAUUUGUAAUAAUCGACUGCAGCAACAACAACAACUUUCAAAAAAUAGUACAUUAUCUACAAAUAGUGAAAAAUUAAGAGAAUUAGCUGAAAUUGAAUUACAUUUGGGUAUAUCACAACAGCAGCAGCCACAAUUGAUUCAUCAUCCUGGUGGUGGUGGUGGUCAUCUUAGCCAUCAUCAUGUUCAUCAUUCAAUGGGUAAAUCACUUUCAUCAAAUUCAUCACCAUUGUUAAUUUCAAGCAACAAUAAUUCACCUACCUCAAUGAUGACUACAUCCUCCGGUAAUGGAUCAGGCCAUAUAUCUAAUAAUCCAUUAGUUGGUGGUGAUUUAAAUAUCAUAAAUAGACAACAACAUCAUCAUAUGGGAGGAAAUAGCCAUUUAAAUCGUUCAUCACCAUUAAUUGAUUCAUUGAAUGGAUCAUCAUCAUCGAUUAAUGUUAAUAAUAUGGUUUUACCUGAUAAUGAUUUACUUUCAUUAACAUCAUCAUUAGAUGCAAAUAUGAUUGCCAGUAUUGGUAAUUCAAUAUCACCAUCAUCAUUAUUGCAUUUACAUGGUGGUGAUGUUAGUUCAAAUACUGAUGAUUUUGCACAAUUUGCUCAUCUAAAUCAUGGAUUAGAUUCGAAUCAAGAAUCAACUUUGAACGAUAUUGUUAAUCAACAACAACAACAACAAUCAAGAUCUAUUGUUUCGAUUGGUAACCACUAUGGUGUUCAUUCAUCAUCAUCAUCAUCAUCAACAACAAUAAAUGGAACAUCUGAUCCAACACAUUCGAUGUUAAUUUCUUCAGCCAAUUCUUCUUCCUUAUCGAAUGCUAUUGAUACAGGUGUUCAUCAUCAUCAUAAUCAACAACAACAACAAACGCAGCAAUCAUCCGUUAAUGUGAUCAAUUUUAUUAAUACAAUACAUAAUAACCAUUCACCAACAUCAUCAUUUCAAUCAUUCAUACAGAAUAUUACCUCUUCUAACGAUGUAAAUCUUGUUGGUGGUGGUAAUAGUAAUGGAGGUUCACGAUCAUCAUCAUCAUCAUCAUCGUUGCUCAAAACAUCAUCAUUUGAUACAACAUCAAUUGGUGAUAUUGUUGUUGAUGGUGGUGGUGUAAUUUCGAAUGAUAAUAAUAAUUCAAUUGGAUCUCCUUCACGUUUUCUUAAUUUACCUCCACCAUCAUCAUCAUCCACACAACCAAGUAGUAUUAUUGAACAUCGACCAAAUCAAAUUGCGUCUACUGUUCGAUCAACACAAACUUCUUCGCCAUCCAUAUCAAACGAAAUUCAUCAUACGAAUAAACCACAACAACAACAAACAUUGAAUGUGAUCAAACAUCAUUCCCAGCAGCAACAACAACAAUCAUCAUCACAACAAACUAUAAUGAUUAAUCAAGAUUCACAGACAUUUAACCCGAACCAACAAUCAUCACAGAUGACAACAACUGCCGUUGAAUUAUUUAAAUGCAAUUUUUGUGAACGUUCAUAUACAAAAAGUAUCGAAUUGGCUAAUCAUAUGCCUUGCCAUACCGGGGAGAAACCAUAUCAAUGUUGUAUAUGUGGAAAAGCAUUUGGACAAAAAAAUAAUCUUCGUAAACAUAUCAUGACACAUAAAGUAACUAAAGAACAAUAUCAAACUGCAUAUAAAACUUCAGUAGAUCAAUCGUUGAAAAAUAUGCCUAAUGUUGGUAUGAAGAAUAAAAUAACAUCAAAAUCACAGCAGCAACAACAACAACAACAAUCAUCAUCAACAGUUCAAACGCAAACAACAAAAGUAAUAGCUACAGAUAUGGCUAUUAACGAAACUGUUAUCUAUAUUUGCCCGUUGAAAUGUGGUUUUCAAUCGGAAAAUUUUGAAAUAUUAAAAGUACAUUGUAAUGCUGAACAUCCGAAUCAAAUUAAUGAUGGUUCUUCUUCGUCUUCUUCAAUUACCACUGAUCUUCAACAACAACAACCACAACCAACAAUAACACAUCCAAACAAUAAUCCUUCUCAUCAAAAUAUUCAUCAUAUCGUUACAAAUCAAGAAACUUCAACAAAUUCAUCAAAUUUUCUAAAUUCUAGUCAUCAAACAAAUCAAUCGAAUAUGACAACGAUAUCAAUAAAACAAGAAUUACCAAGUGAUACUUCUAUUUAUCAAUUAUCGGCCACUAUACCACCUUCACAGCCAACAUCGACCAUUAUCAAUCAAUCAACAUCAUUGUUGGAACCAAUAAAAGUACAAGAUAAAUUUACCUGUCCAGUAACAAAUUGUGGAUUUGUUAGUACAAAAGAAACUGAAUUUAAAAUGCAUUGUGUUGAUCAUACUGUUGCUAAUGAUGAAAAUAUUCGAUAUCGUUGUACAGCAAAUGAAUGUAAAGAAAGUUAUAAUAAUGUUGAAUCAUUUAUCAAACAUUUACAAUCACAUGACAAGGCCAAUCAAUGUAAUAAUAACACUGAAACUGAAGUGCAAAGUGGUUCCAAUGAAUCAAUAAGAGCCAAAUCAAGAAUUUAUCGAUGUUCAAUUUGUUUGAAUCGAUAUACAACGGAAAAUGCAUUGGAAAAUCAUAAGGCAACAACAUCACAUCAUUAUCCUUGUCAACAUUGUAAUAAAAUUUUUCCUUGUGAACGAUAUUUACGUCGCCAUUUAUUGACACAUGGUGCCGGAUUAUUCAUUUGCAAAUAUUGUGAUAAAUCAUUUAAAACGGCAAAUUAUUUAAAAGUUCAUUUGAUAAUACAUACUGGAGAGAAACCAUUUGCAUGUAAAAUUUGUGAUGCAGCAUUUAAUCGUCGAGAUAAACUGAAACGACAUGAAUUAGUACAUGAUCCAAUCAAACGUUAUAAAUGUCCAAUGAAUAAUAAUGGUUGUAAACGUGAAUUUAAUCGACCGGAUAAAUUAAAAGCUCAUAUAUUGACACAUUCAGGUGUAAAACCAUAUCAGUGUACGAUGUGUACACGUUCAUUUACACGACGAGCACAUCUUCGUGAACAUAGUAAAACACAUCAAGAAGUAGUGAAUGCUAUAAUCAAAGCAAAUCAAGAAAAACAAUCACCAAAUUCUUCACCCAACAAUAACAACAAAACAAAUGUUCGUAACAUUGAACAUGAAACAGUAUUAAAUUCCAACAACAAUAACAAUCAAACUUCGGAAAAUGAAUCCAAAAAGGAAACUAGCAAUUUAGUCACAAAUUCAAUAGAUCAAUCAAAAAAUACUGAAAAGAAAUCGAUUGAUGAUAAUAAUAAAGGUUCGAUUUUUACAAAUGAUCAAUUGACAAUAUCGGAUUGUUCUUCUGUUGCUCCUUCAACUACAGCCCAAACAACAGCAACAACGAUUUCCAAGAAUAAUAAUAAUGGCAGUAUUAUUUUAUUUACCGGUUCAUCUCUUCCGUUAACAACAUCAUCAUCAUCGUCGCCUAAUCAACAACAAAUAAUACCGUCCACUGAUCAUCAAAUGCAUCAUUCACAAUUAUCAUCAUCAUCAACUACUUUGACUACCUCAUCAUCAUUAUCAUCUACAUCUCAACAACAAAAACAAGAUACAACAACAACAUCGACGACAACAACAAAUAUUCAUUAUCAACAACAAGAUAAUAAUAAUACUCAACAAAAAUUAUCAACAACAGCCAAUAACAAUAAUAAUAAUACUAGCACAUCAUUUCAAACAUUUAUUUUACUUUAUUCUUGUCCAGUUUGUGAAGCUUAUUUUUUCAAAGAAGAAGAAAUUAAAGCACACAAAUGUUGUGCAACAAAUACAUUAUCAGCUUCCGCAAUUGGUAUCGGUAAAAAUAAUAUUGUCGACAAUAGACAACAACAACAACGACAAACAACAACAAUGCAACCAUUAUUAGUUCCAGUUGAUCAGCAAAUAUCAUCAACAGAUAAUAGUGGCCGAAUAAAUAUAGUGACUAGUUCUUCAAACACAACAACAACAACAAAUAGUGCAGCUUUUAAUGUUAAUCCAACUAAUAUUUGUAAAAUGGAAAUUGAAGCCGAUAAUCAUUCAUCAAUUUAAUCAAUGAAUUG